GUUUCAGUGCGACUCUGUUAGGGUUUUUGGAGCUCAAAAAUGGCGGACGAACUGACAGAACUCCCGCACCUUCCGAUGGAGAUCAUUCGCGAGAUUCUCGCGUGGCUGCCGGUGAAGCCUUUAUGCAGAUUCAGGUGUGUAUCAAAGUCAUGGAAUUCCCUAACUUUUGAUCCCAAAUUUGUUAAAAUGCACUUUAACAAAGCCCUUGAGCACGAGGAUGUACUCCACCAAAGACGAAGAGUAUUAGUCACCGGUGUUUAUUCCGGUGAGUUUUACUCUUUCAGUUUAGAUGAGUUUCUCGAUAAUGAUGAUAUUGAUAAUGUUGGUUGUGAUGAUGAGAAUCAUGAACUGUCAGUAACUGAAGUCAGUAGAGUUGGAGAUGUUAGGGGUAGCUCUGUUUUUUACUCCAAUGCCUUGAUGUUGUUUGAGUCAAAUCAGAGGUUCUCCUUGUUUAACCCAGUAACCAGGGAGUCCAAGGUAGUUCCUGUGUUCCCAAAACUUGGUCGAUGCGACAUAAUUAAUGCGAAGCUAUAUGGGUUUGGAUUUGAUCCGUCCACUCAAGAUUACAAGAUGGUGUACAUGAUUUGUGAGGAUUGCGCUGCAGUGAGACGGCAACACCCACAUUCCCCAAUCUUAAUGGAACUUAAGUUUGGUGUCUAUUCAUUGAAAACUGGGUAUUGGCGAGUGAUUGAGAAGGGAUAUCCCUAUCAAUGUUUAUCCCACGGUGGGAUGGGGAAACUGCUGAAUGGAGGUAUACAUUGGUUGGUUUAUAGAGACUAUGGUGAUUUGUCCUCUAUGGUUCUGUUGUCUUUUGUUUUGGCAGAGGAGGAAGUGCGGGAGAUUCCACUGCCGCCUCGUUUUCAUAACGAAGGGGGUGGUGUUUAUUUAAGUGUCUUCAGAGAUUGCCUAUGUAUGAUACUGGGAUACGGUGAAGAGGUUUGGAUCAUGAAGGAAUAUGGAGUUAGAGAGUCUUGGACUAAAAUAAGGAUCUCCAUCCCGCCUUGUGAGUGGGUACACUCGGGGUUCAGGAAGAAAUAUUAUGAUCUAUUACUGUUGGAAGAUGAUGAAAACAAGUUGGUUCUGCUCAAUUUUGAUAAGAACAUCUUUCGCAAUCUGUCAAUUCGUGGAGUUCCAGAGGUUGGUUAUGCUGUGGUCUACUUGGAGAGCCUCGUUUCACCCAAUAACUUUGGCAUCACUGAUUGACAACCUUAAGAAUGACACAGAUUUAGAUAGCGGAGGGGGGUCUGUUUUCACUUGAGGAAAUGGGCUUCAAGAAUCAAGAAUUUGCUGGUGUAGUUGUAUUCAUGCGCCAAGUCUUUUGUGCAAUGCAUCUUGCUUCUCUCUCUGUCCAUUUUCAGAACUGUAGAAUUCUUUUUGGGUAUCCCUGAAUGGUAGUUUGCAAAAAUUUCAGGCGCUAUCCCUGUAUUAGAAGUAGUACUGGUGGGUUUGUUGUUAGCGGUUGACAAUUAGUAUGCAUUGCCUUGGUUGCCUCUACUGUGUUUCUUGUUUUCGUGUUUGCUACCCAGAUUUUAAUCCAAAAUUUCCAAGCU